GGUUGUAAACAUGUUUCCCGCAAAUUCGGCAAAAUGAAUAGCGGAAUAGCGGCAACGGAAACUGAAAGAGUCGACAGAAACGGCCUUGCCGCUCAAUCCCAAUCCCAUUCGUGAACGUGCCGCGGAAAACGAAGCAAUGGAGAGAUAGUGUCAAAUUUGUCUCAAAAUAUUAUUCAAAAACGAGCGAGAAGCAGCUGUGCCGUGAGAAAUAAAGUGAAAAGACGAAACACCGACGGCAAAACACUGCGGAAAAAAGCAAGAUUACUAGUGCGUAACAAAGUGACUAACGCUGAAGCAGAGCUUAAACAAAUAACUAAACAAGAGAUAGCGAUUUUUUUUUGCCAAUUCAGAGCAAACAAAAAUACAAAAUAUUUCUGGACAGGAAUCCCCCACCCCCCUCGGAUGCGAUGCUACCGAGUGUUGAAUGCAGCAAUUAUCCUCGAAAAUGGAAAACUCCAAACUGCAAAUCGGCAACUGUGAAAGUGAAAAAGGUUAAAGUGGAGCCUUGACUUUAGAUCAAACCUUAGAAAACCUUUAUCUUAUCGAUAAAUAAUCGAUUUGGAAAUGUAGAUCCAUUUUAAUGAAGGGAAACUCAAAGGAAAACAUGUGGAAAAUUCUACUAAGAAGUGAACUUUAAAUCUAAAAAUAUGUGAAUAUAUUCAAAAAUAUCCAUAAUAGAAUAUUAACAUUAAAAUAUUCUAUAAAAAUAUAAACAAAAGCGAAAUAUUAAAUACAACAAUUAAAAAAAGUCUAAGAAAAUUAUAUGCUGACUAAACAUUGAAUAAAUAAGUGGAAAAAAGAAAAAAGUGUGGAAAAAGAAAGUGGAAAAAAAUACAAAAAUACAGCAAAUAUCUGUUAAAUAAGAUCCCGUUCGAAAAGGGAUCCAAAUGUCAAGUGUUGCCCGUUGAAACUAUGGAUAAAAGGCUCAGCGAUAGUCCCGGAGAUUGUCGCGUAACCAGAUCAAGCAUGACGCCCACCCUCCGCUUGGAGCACAGUCCCCGGCGGCAACAACAGCAACAGCAGCAGCAGCAGCAGCAGCAGCAACCCCAAGAACAACAGCAACCAGAGUGCAGUGGAACAUCUGCAACAGCGAAAUCCAAAUCCAAGUCCAAGUCCCCCACACCUCCCACCACCAAAUCCCAGGCAGGGGGUGCCCCAGGUGCCCCGCAGCAACAGCAACAGCAGCAGCAACAGCAGCAGCAACAGCAGCAGCAGCAGCAGCAGCAUCAUCAAUUCCGUGCCCCGCAGCAGCAGCAGGGACCCAAAAACAAGAACAAGGCCUGGAGCAAGAGGGGCCACAAGACCAGUGGCGGCGGCGGUGGCGGCAAGUACAGUGGCAGCGCCUGUGUCGGCAUCGCACAGUCGCAUCCCAAUGGCAGCAGUGGGGCGGCAGGUGCCGGCUUGGGCCUGGCCGGGGGACAACCUCCGGCUGGAGGCGGAGUGCCGCCCACAGUGGCGGCGGCCCACAAGGCCGAUCUGGAGAAUAUACAGAAUAUCAAGAAUCAAAUAUCCGGCAAUGCUGCGAGCCACCAUGGCAGCGGCAGCGGCGGCGGCAGCGGUGGCGGUGGCGGCGGGUCGGCCUCCCAUCACGGGGGAUCGCAUCACGGCGGCGGCGGAACAGGCGGCAGUGGGGGCGGGGGCGGGGGCGGGGGACACCACCACCACCAUCACAACACGCGGCUGGCGCAGAUUGCCGCCGGCACGGGCGGAGUGGGGGGUGGUGCGGGCGGCAAUGGCAUCUCCAUCGGAGCGAUGGACAAGCACGGACUGAAGGCCCAGCAGCAGCUCUACAAGAAAAUGCUGGCGCACAGGGGCCAUCAUCAUCAUGUGCUGUGCGCCGGAAACAAUGCCAAUCACACGUGCUGCCUGGUGACCGGCUGCAACGGAACCAGCGGCGGCGGCGGAGGAGGAGGAGGAGGAGGCGGCGGCGUGGCUGGAGGUAAUAGUGGCAUCAAUGCCGUGGGAGGCGUGAACGCCGGAUGCAAGGAUACGCAGAGCAACAAGGACACAAGCUCGCUCAGCGGAAACAGCAACAUCUCGGGCAGCGCAGCGGCGGCGGCUGCAGCGGCCAAUGCCGUGCACUACUGCUGCGGGAGGUCCAAGUUCUUCCUGCCGGAGAAGCGGCUGCGGAAGGAGGUGAUUGUGCCGCCCACCAAGUUCCUGCUGGGCGGCAACAUCUCGGAUCCCCUCAACCUCAACUCGCUGCAGCACGAGAACACCUCGAACGCGUCGAGCAGCAACAACACGCCGGCGACGACGCCGCGCCAGUCGCCGAUUACGACGCCGCCCAAGGUGGAGGUCAUCAUACCGCCCAAUAUCCACGACCCGCUGCACCUGCUCGACCCCGUCGACUCGAUGGAGUACGAGAAGCAGCUGACGUCGCCGAUGAAGCGGGGCGGCAUGCUGACGCGCGGCAGCCACCUGAAGCUGCAGCAGCAGCCGCAGGCGCACCACCGCCAGCACAGGCCGCGGAAGAACCGCAAGCGGCGCCGCUUCGACUCGAACAACACCUCGCAUGCGGGCGACGACGGGGGCGAGGGCAGCGAAACGCUCUCCGUCUCCCUGGACGAGGCGGGGACCUCAUCCUCGGCGGCAUCGCCGGUGGCCCCACUCGCUGCCGCCGGCUCUGCCGCUGCUGCCUCCCUCAGUCUGCUGCUGAGCGAAGCCGCCGCACCGGCAUCGGCAUCGGCAUUGGAUACGGGCGGAACGGCGGAAAUGGGCCAGCAGCAGGCGCAUGUCCGCUCUCCCCAGGCGGCCACGAUGGCCACGGCAGAGAUGCCGGCUCCCACGCCCACAGAGGCGGCUGUCCAGUCGGGCGGCAUCGCACCGGCACAGGCACAGGCACUGCCACUGGCACCGGAACAAAUGGAAUGCAACAUGAGUCUGCUCUCGUCGCCGACAGCGCCGCCAGCUGCAUCAUCGUCACCGCAACAGCAGCAGCAGCAGCAGCAACAUGUGUCCAUUGCAGCGUCAGAGGGGGAUGUGUCUGGCUCCACAGAGCUUCUGUUGAGUGCCUCGAAGUCGGCAUCGACCUCGGCCUCGGCCGCAGCCCUGGCCGUGGCCUCGACCCUUGCGGAGAGGCGGGCACAGGCCAGCCGGGACUUGCGCCUGGAUUUGAGCAGCACGUGCUACGGCGUCGGCGGCACGGGCCUCAGCUUCGGCAGCAGCAGUGCGGCCAGCAUCGGCAGUGGCAGCGGCAGCGGCAACGGCGGUGGCGGUGGCAGGAAGAGGAAAAUCAGCGAAAGCAACAAUUCCCAAAAGAGCAAGAAAUUCCAUCGUAACGAUGGCAUGGACAAGAUCGUGAGUCCCGUGGUGCCACAGCCAGGGGCAUGGAAGCGUCCGCCACGUUUGCUGCAGCCCAGCGGUGCCCGGAAGCCGAAUACGCGACGAUCCACGUCUUUCAGCGAAACGGACCUGCUCAGCCCCGUCGAGGAUCAGCCGCCCAGGCAGUUGCCCCUCAUCGAGGUGAACAUCCCACGCGACGAUACGCCAGAUCUGUCGGAGCAGGGCCUGGGCAGCCCCAUGAGCACCACAUCGGCGGCCACCUCGCAUACGGCCGGGGAACAGGACUCCCUGCCGCCGGACACCGCGGCCGCCGUCGAGGCAACUGCAGAGUCAACAGAGGCUGGGACGGUGGUAAAGCCGAUGCCCGAGGAGCCGACCCUGAUGCUGGAGCCGGCCCUGAUACCGCCCCUCAACAAGCUGCCCAAGUUCCGGGCGGAUGGGGUGAAGUACCGCUACGGGAACUUUGACCGCUACGUGGACUUUCGGCAGCUGAACGAGUUCCGGGACGUGCGGCUGCAGGUGUUCCAGCGGCAUGUGGAGCUCUUCCAGAACAAGGACAUCCUGGACAUUGGCUGCAACGUGGGCCACAUGACCAUCACGGUGGCCCGCCACCUGGCCCCGAAGACCAUACUGGGCAUCGACAUCGACCGGGAGCUGGUGGGCCGGGCCCGGCGGAAUCUGUCCAUCUUCGUGCGCAUACCCAAGGAGGAGAAGGUGAAGAUGGAGGUGAAGCAGGAGCCCGCGUCGCAGCUGGUGAAGAGCGAGCCCAUGGACGACGAGGAGGAGGCUGCCGCCGGGAGUCUGCACAAGAAAACGCGACGUGGCAAGAAGCGACGCAAGGCGCUACAGGAUCAACAGCAGCUGCUGCAUCCUCACCACCACCAUCAUCAUCAUCCCCAUCCCCAUCCCCAUCCCCAUCACCAUCAUCCCCACCAUCAUCAUCAUCACCACCACCAUCAUCACCAUCAGAACCAGGAGCAACUGCAGCAGCAGCUCAAAUUGGAUGCACUCCUUGUGAAGCCGCACGAGUUCUUUCCCAUCUCCUUUCCGCUGACGUACGGCGGCAUGCCGCAACUGGCUCCGCCGCCGGCAGGGAAGUCCCCGAACCUCUCCCCGAACAAGAACCAGUUCCCGGCGAACGUCUUCUUCCGGCAAACGAACUACGUGCUCAAGGACGAGUCGAUGAUGGCCAACGAUACGCAGCAGUACGAUCUCAUUCUGUGCCUCUCCGUGACCAAGUGGAUCCAUCUCAAUUUCGGGGAUGCCGGCCUCAAGCUGGCCUUCAAGCGGAUGUUCAACCAGCUGCGGCCCGGCGGCAAGCUCAUACUGGAGGCCCAGAACUGGGCCAGCUACAAGAAGAAGAAGAACCUCACGGCGGAGAUCUACAACAACUACAAGCAAAUCGAACUCUUUCCGAACAAAUUCCACGAGUACUUGCUCAGCUCCGAGGUGGGCUUCAGUCACAGCUACACGCUGGGCGUGCCCCGGCACAUGAACAAGGGAUUCUGUCGGCCCAUUCAGCUGUACGCCAAGGGCGACUACACACCGAACCAUGUCCGAUGGAGCGAUGCCUACUAUCCGCAGACGCCGUACGAGGCCUAUCGCGGGAUCUACGCCACCUUGCCGGCCCAUCGGAUGAGUGCCGGUGGCAGCCACAGCGGGCACGCGCCGCUGCUGCACAUGAGCAGCUCGAGUCGGUCGCAGAACUACGAUACGCCGCACUAUGCGGGCAGCGCCUCGGGGUCGGCCAGCCUGCGGCAGACGCCGCGCUACCAGCCCACCUACAAUCCCCUGGAGACGGACUCCUACCAGCCCAGCUACGACAUGGAGUCGUACGGAGGCAAUCACAUGUACGUGUUCGCCUCGCCGCUCUACCAGACGGUCUGGUCGCCGCCAGCCUCGCUGCGGAAGAGCUCCUCGCACACGCCCGUCUUUGGCAGCGUGCGGGAGGCGGAGCUGGACGGCGACAGCAGCAUCGGGGGCGGCGGCAGCGGCGGCGGCAGCUACCAUCGGCACGUCUAUCCGCCGAACGAUGACACCUGCUCCCCGAAUGCCAACUCUGGGAACGCGUUCAACUCGAUCCGCGAUGCGGACACGGACGACUCGAAUCAGCUGCCCAGCGGCAGUCGGCCCCAUGUGUAUGCCACCAAUUGUGGCGAGAGCUCCUCCUCGCCGCAGGUGAACCACCACGAGGCCACCGCAGAGUUUGUCGAGGACGGCCUGAUGGACGAUGAUCAGAAGACGCAGGUCGCCGGCGGCACGCCCACCGCCUACCACAGUGAUCUGUCGGAUGCCUGAGCGGGUGAGGGCGGCGGCAGGGGCGGAGCGAAGACGGCUCGCAAGAAAGGAAGAAAAGAAAAAUGUGUCAAAAACAAACAAAAAAGAGAAAAACGGAUAAACAAGCAAAAGAAAAAUUCAAAAAUUGUUUGAAACAAAAGAAACAAAAACAAAAACAAAAACAAAAAUAUGGUAACCGUAAACGAGACGCUUAUGAUUUUUUUUUUUUGUAUGUAUCAAGUAUAUAUGGUAGUAGUAAAUACAUAUAUAUAUUUUUAUAUAUUGUAAUUUAAAAAGUAACAGAAUCACACAGAUAUAUACUAUAUAUACUGAUAUACUGAUAUACAGCUAUACAGAUAUACUGAUAUACAGAUGCAUGUGUUUAUAGGUGUAUUUUUUGUUUGUUUUUAGAUUAGCUAACGAUUUUUGCUAGAAUGCUUUAUAUGGUCAAAUUCAGAUUUGAUCCUGUUGGCGGUUGGGUGGUUCUUUCAUGUAAAAUCCUAGUUUACACACACACACACACGACACACACACACACAACAAGCUUUAGCUUUAAAAAAUGUCUAGAGAAAACUCCCUGUAAAAUGCAACUAUUUUUGAUCAAAAUGUUUUUGGCAAAAGAGGAUAAUAGAUAAUAUUAAUGCGAAAAAAGCGAAUGUGAAAACAAUAGAGAGUACAGUACACACAACAAACGAUAUAUGUAAUAAAUUCUGUGGCAAAAGCAAACAAAAUACAA